AUGCAUACGGAAACCACGUUAACACUUGUACAAAUAUUGGAAAAGACUGUAUCACCAGAUCGCAAUGAGUUGGAAGCUGCAGAAACAUACCUUAACCAUGCAGCAGCCACUAACUUCACAACAUUUAUUAAAAUGUUGUCUGAUGUGCUGGUCCAGGGUGCAAAUAGUCAGGUGGCUAGAAUGGCUGCAGGGUUACAGCUAAAAAACCAUUUGACUUCUAAAGAUGCUACAUUGAAACAGCAAUAUCAACAAAGGUGGCUGGCACUACCUGAAGACAUCAGAUUGUACAUAAAAAAAAAUAUCUUAGCAGCAAUUGGAACAGAAAACAGCAGGCCCAGUUCAGCUGCUCAGUGUGUAGCAUAUGUCGCAGUUGCAGAAUUACCUGUAGGACAGUGGAAUGACCUUAUACCAAUUCUUGUAGAAAAUGUAGUAAAUUUACAAUCAACCGAACUCAAAAAAGAAGCAACUCUUGAAGCUAUUGGUUACAUUUGCCAAGAAAUCGAUGCAGAAGUUUUGACUGAACAAAGCAAUCCCAUUCUUACUGCUAUAAUCCAUGGCAUGAGGUCCAUUGAAACAAGCAGCCAUGUACGACUUGCUGCUACUCAAGCCUUACUGAACUCAUUGGAAUUUACUAAAGCAAACUUUGAUAAGGAAAAUGAAAGGAAUUUUAUAAUGGAAGUUGUGUGUGAGGCCACACAAUCAAAGGAUAUGAGGAUCAAUGUUGCAGCUCUUCAGUGUUUAGUUAAAAUACUGUCAUUGUAUUAUCAAUACAUGGAACCCUACAUGGGCCAAGCAUUAUUUCCUAUUACCUUAGAGGCUAUGAAAUCAGAUGUUGAUGAAAUCUCCCUUCAAGGCAUUGAGUUUUGGUCCAAUGUUAGUGAUGAGGAAAUAGAUCUUGCUAUUGAAGAAGUUGAAGCGGCUGAAGCAGGUCGACCUCCAACGAGAACAUCAAGAUUUUAUGCUAGAGGAGCGUUACAAUAUCUGGCCCCAGUCCUUAUGCAAAAACUUACAAAACAAGAUGACACUGACGAUGAAUUAGAAUGGAAUCCCUCUAAAGCUGCAUCCGUUUGUCUUAUGCUUCUGUCAAACUGUUGUGAAGAUGACGUAGUUCCACAUGUUUUGCCUUUUAUUAACAGCAAUAUCAAAAACGAAAACUGGCGUUACAGAGAAGCUGCCUUGAUGGCGUUUGGUUCUAUACUUGGUGGACUAGAAGCGAAUACCCUGAAACCUUUAGUGGAAAAAGCCAUGCCCACUCUAAUUGAAGCUAUGUAUGACAGCAGUGUAGCAGUGCGAGACACUGCCGCCUGGACUUUUGGCAGGAUUUGUGAAAUUGUGCCCGAAGCUGCUAUAAAUGAAACUUAUUUAAAACCACUUUUAGAAAGUCUUGUCAAUGGUUUAAAGGCGGAACCACGCGUAGCCGCUAACGUAUGCUGGGCAUUCACAGGUCUAGCGGAAGCUGCAUAUGAGGCAGCUGAUUGUGCAGAUUCCAGCCAACCAAAAACAUAUUGCAUGUCGAAGUAUUUUGAUUUCAUUGUGCAGAGACUUCUGGAAACUACUGAUCGUCAAGAUGCUGCACAACAUAACUUAAGAUCAGCCGCUUAUGAAGCCCUCAUGGAAAUGGUUAAAAAUUCCCCAACUGAUUGCUAUGUUACUGUUCAAAAAACAACAAUGGUUAUUUUGGAGAGGCUUCAACAAGUUAUGCAAAUGGAAAAUCAUAUUUCAAGUCAGGCUGAUCGCUCUCAAUUUAAUGAUCUUCAAAGUCUGUUAUGCGCAACACUUCAGUCAGUUCUCCGUAAAGUAACUCCUGAAGAUGCGCCACAAAUUUCUGAUGCCAUUAUGACCGCCUUGUUGACCAUGUUUGCGGGUAACGCGGGAAAAGCGGGUGGUGUCCAGGAAGAUGCUCUUAUGGCUGUCUCUACCCUCGUUGAAGUGUUAGGGGAAGGGUUCCUAAAAUAUAUGGAUGCCUUCAAAAGGUACCUUUUUGUUGGGCUUAAAAAUCAUCAGGAAUAUCAAGUCUGUAUAGCAGCAGUAGGCCUUACUGGCGACAUUUGUCGUGCAUUGAAAAGUAAAGUACUACCCUACUGUGACGAAAUUAUAGUUUUGUUGUUGGAGAACCUCAGUGACCCUUCUAUCCAUCGGUCAGUGAAACCACAAAUUUUAUCAGUUUUUGGGGACAUUGCUUUGAGUAUUGGUCCCGAUUUUGCUAAGUAUUUCGAUGUCGUGAUGCAGAUGUUGCAGCAGGCUAGCAACGCUCAAGUAGAUCGCAAUGACUACGACAUGGUGGAAUAUUUAGGAGAACUGCACGAAAGUGUGCUUGAGGCAUACACUGGUAUUAUCCAAGGCUUGAAAGGAUCUACUGGAGAGGUUCGGUCGGACGUGGCGCUGGUGGAGCCGCACGUGCCCGCCAUCGUGACGUUCAUGAUGCACGUGGCGUGCGAGCCCGAGCGCACGGACGGACACAUGUCGGUGAUCGCGGGGCUGACGGGCGACCUGUGCACGGUGUUCGGCGCGCGCGUGCUGCCGCUGCUGGAGACGCGCUCGCUGCUGGACCUGCUGCAGGCCGCGCGUCGCUCGCGCACGCCGCGCACCAAGGCGCUGGCCAGCUGGGCCACCAAGGAGAUCCGCAAGCUCAAGCAACAGACGCCCCUCACUAGCUGGCGAAUAUGUUUUGAAAUGGCAUCUAAUACCAAAAGCCUGGGAUCAGCUCCAGUUAUACCAGACGAAAACCCAAUCGAACUCUUUGCUAAAACUUAUUAA